AUGGCUCCCGCCAACACUCUGCCCGCUUGGUCGGAGCUGCAGACCAACCGCGAUGCCAUUAGCAAGAACUUCACUCUCAGGGAGGCCUUUUCCUCAGACCCUGAGCGCUUCAGCCGCUUCUCGCGCACUUUUGCCCCCGGAAGCGACGUGUCUGCCGAUGUGCUCUUCGACUUCAGCAAGAACUUCUUGACAGAGGAGACGCUUGACCUGCUGGUCAAGCUUGCCGAGCAGGCCGGUGUGGAACGCAAGCGCGAUGCCCUGUUCCGUGGUGACAAGAUCAACUUCACCGAGAACCGCGCCGUCUAUCACCCUGCCCUGCGCAAUGUCGGCGGCUGGGAGAUGAAGGUUGACGGCCAGGACGUCAUGAACGGCCCCGGGGGUGUCAACGAUGUUCUCAACCACAUCAAGGAGUUCUCGGAGCAGGUCCGCAGUGGCGAGUACAAGGGAUACACGGGCAAGAAGCUCACCAACAUUGUCAACAUUGGAAUUGGUGGCUCCGACCUCGGUCCUGUCAUGGUCACCGAAGCCCUCAAGUACUACGGCGCUAAGGACAUGACCCUACACUUUGUCUCCAACAUUGAUGGCACCCACAUGACCGAGGCCCUUAACAACUCAGACCCCGAGACGACCCUGUUCCUUGUUGCCUCUAAGACCUUCACCACGGCCGAGACGACGACCAAUGCCACCACCGCCAAGAAUUGGUUCCUCGAGAAGACUGGAAACAAGGGUGAUGUAUCUAAGCACUUUGUGGCUCUGUCGACCAAUGAGUCCGAGGUCACCAAGUUUGGCAUCGACAGCAAGAACAUGUUCGGCUUCGAGAGCUGGGUGGGCGGCCGUUACUCAGUCUGGAGCGCCAUUGGUCUUAGUGUCGCCCUCUACAUUGGCUACGAUAACUUCCACAAGUUUCUUUCCGGUGCCCACGCCAUGGACAAGCACUUCCGCGAGGCACCUCUGCGCGAGAACAUCCCCGUUCUCGGUGGUCUUCUGAGCGUCUGGUACUCCGACUUUUUCCACGCCCAGACUCACCUGGUUGCUCCGUAUGUUUUAGGAUCUGAAAUUAUACCGCCUAGAGAAGAAUGUGCUAACAAGAGGCCUCGCACAAACAGCUUCGACCAGUACCUCCACCGUUUCCCUGCUUACCUGCAGCAGCUCUCCAUGGAGUCUAACGGCAAAUCCAUUACGUCGGACGGCUCCGCGGCCAAGUACACUACCGGCCCCAUCCUCUUUGGCGAGCCUUGCACCAAUGCCCAGCACUCCUUCUUCCAGCUUGUUCACCAGGGUACCAAGCUGAUCCCGGCCGACUUUAUUCUGGCCGCCAAGUCGCACAACCCCAUCUCAGACAAUGUGCACCAGAAGAUGCUGGCUUCCAACUACUUUGCGCAGGCCGAGGCUCUCAUGGUUGGCAAGACCGAUGAGCAGGUCAAGGCCGAGGGUGCUCCCGACGACCUGGUCCCCCACAAGCGCUUCCUGGGCAAUCGCCCCACGACGUCGAUCCUGGUGGGUGGCUCUAUUGGCCCCGCUGAGCUGGGCGCCCUCAUUGUCUACUACGAGCACCUCACCUUUACCGAGGGUGCCAUCUGGGAUAUCAACAGCUUCGACCAGUGGGGUGUUGAGCUGGGCAAGGUGCUCGCCAAGAAAAUCCUUAAGGAGCUGGAUGAGCCUGGAAACGGCGAGGGCCACGAUGGAUCAACCGGUGGUCUGAUCGAUGCCUUCAAGAAGUAUGCCAAGAUUUAA